AUGGAACGACUGCCGGAGGACGUGAAAGAGCCAUUACGUUUAAGUAUUGACAUCUUAGGCCGAUCCAAUAUAAAUAUAUGGAAUAACGAUUCCAGAUGGAAGAAAAUGCGUAUCGUAUACAUGUUGGUUUUAGCUAUCGUUUUCUUUAUAAGUGUUGGUUUGUAUACCAUUCAAAUGUUUUCGGAGGAGGUUCCAAUUUCGGAGGUAGCCUUUCAAGUUUCGACGUUUUUAGUUUUAGUUGAAGUUUAUUACAGAUGUAGUAUGAUAACAGCGUGGACCACUGCGUUUGCACCACUCGUAAUCGUACUUGGUAAACUUGCAAUGGGACAAAACAUUAAUCCUCUCCUGCCUUAUGGUUGUGUAAUCCCUUUUGAUCCAUUAAAAGAUUGGUUUCGGUACAUGCUGGUGUAUGUAUUUGAAGUGUAUGCAAUACUCCCCUUUAUGUACAUCUAUAUAGGAACAGAACUCCUCAUGGUUACUCUAUGCGCUCUUCUUAGUGUCGAGUUUGCCAUACUGAAAGUCGAUCUUACGUACGUAAAACCAGAUAACUCUUCAAUAAAAAUCCUCGUUCGUAAACAUCAGCAGCUCCUGGUGUACAUUGGUUCACUUGACGAAAUUUUCAAUAUAAUAUUAUUUUUAGACUUACUUUUUAUUACUGUUAUUAUGUGCAUAUGCGGAUUUGCUGUUACUAUGGCGAACAACGUUGUGGAUUGUUUUAAAAAUGUAUUAUGUGUACUGUCUAUAUUAGUUCCUGUGUACAUAUUUUGCUACUUUAGCGAGCAGCUUAAGCAAGAGUGCGCUGAUAUUGCACAAGCGGCAUAUAACAACAAAUGGUAUAACGUUAGCGUAAGCUAUAAAAGGAUUAUUUGUUUUAUUAUCACAAGGGCCCAAAAACCUUGUUGUCUAACAUCUUUGGGAUAUGUGCCUAUAACACUAAAUACAUUCUCCAAGGUAGUGAGUACAUCAUGGUCUUAUUAUUCAGUAAUAAGAACAGUGUAUGGUAAUAAAUAA